AGGUAGUUUCUGGAUUGUUCUUUGUAGGUUCCUGGGUAGUUCCUAGAUGGUUCCUUGAGGAUCCAGUCAAAGUUCUUGAAAUGUUCCUGAUGGACUGACCUUCAUGUGUUAAAGUAAUGAUGGACUUCCUUGUAGGUUCCUUGGUAGCCCCAAGAUGGUUCUUGGUAGGUUACUGGGUAUUUCCGAGAUGGUUUCUGGGUAGUUCUUAGAUAGUUCCUGGAGGAUUCCUUCAAAGUUUUUGCAAUUUUCCAGACUGACUGACCUUCAGUUCUUAAAGUAAUGAUGGACUGUCGAUUCUCUUUACUUAGCUGAUUGGUUCUUGCCAUAAUAUGGAUUCUAACAGUUGUCAAAUAAAUCUGUCAACUGUAGACCAACCUGACUUCUGCACAACACAACUGAUGGUCCCUACCCCAUUAAGAAGGCAAGAAAUUCCGCAAAUCAACCUUGAUAAGGCACACCUGUGAAGUGAAAACAAUUUCAGGUGAGAGUGUGCAAAGCAGUAAUCAAAGCAAAGGGUGGCUGUUUUGAAGAAUCUAAAGUAUAAAACAUGCCUUGACUUAUUUCACACUUUUUUCACUACAUAAUUCCAUAUGUGUUCAUUCAUAGUUCUGAUGCCUUCAGUGAGAAUCUACAACGUAAAAAGUCAGGAAAACAUUAAAUAAGAUGUGUCCAAAGUUUUGACUAGUAGUGUCUGGAAUGCUGCCAAGGUUAACAGAUUUGGCUUAUAAUCAAACCUCGUAAAAUGGUUUGUAAGUACAGCAUGUAACUUAUCAAGUAACUUAUAUGGAGCAAUCCUAGUCUGUUGUCCUUUGACCUCUACUGUCAUUUCUGAUGUGAACUGAAUAUAGGCUAGCUGUCAGACUAUCUCAUGGUCUUUUGGAGUCUGCUCUGUUAGAGUGAACUGUGCCUUCAUUUGAUGCUGUCUGAUCUCUGACAACAUGGGGGACCAAAAAUUUGAAGCUCUGAGAAUGAAGCGGGAGAUUGGGUUGAUUGGUGGUGUUGCAAUAGUUUCUGGAACUAUGAUCGGAUCUGGAAUAUUCAUGUCCCCACAGUUUGUUCUGGGCUACGUGGGAAGCCCCGGAGCAAGUCUGGUGAUCUGGACUGUCUCAGGACUUGUUGCUAUGUUUGCUGCUCUGUCCUACACAGAGCUUGGGACAGUCAUUCCUGAAUCUGGUGGGGAGUUCAUCUACAUCCUGAGGAUCUACGGUUCCUUUCCCGCGUUUUUUGCAGCGGUCACAUUCGUCGUGCUUGUGAAGCCUUUCAGUGUUGUAGCAAUGUCAAUCAGCAUUUCAGAGUAUGCCAUGGCGCCCUUUUACGGAGGCUGUGAGCCUCCUCAGCUGGCAGUGAAGUGUGCAGCAGUUGUGUGUAUUCUGGUUGUUGCAACAGUCAACAUCUUGAGUGUUCGGCUUGCUGUCAGAAUCCAAGUGGUCUUCUUGAUAGCCAAAGUCAUCGGGUUAACAGUCAUUGUUAUUGGAGGGUUUGUGGCGAUGAUUCAGGACAGCACUAUGAUUGUGGAGAAUUUGAAAGCUGAGAAUUCAUUUAAAGGCACUCAGUCCUCUUUGAGUACAUUAGGAAUGGCUUUUUAUCAAGGACUCUGGUCUUAUUCCGGCUGGUUCUGCUUGAACUAUGUCACCGAGGAGCUGAAAAGACCUGAGGUGAAUCUUCCCAGAGCGGUGAUAAUAGCCAUUUGUCUGGUGACCGGCUUGUAUCUGCUGGUAAACGUGAGCUAUCUGGCAGUGAUGACGCCUAAAGAGCUCAUGUCGUCCACCGCAGUAGCAGUGACCUGGGGGAAUAAGAUGUUUGGCAGCUGGGGCUGGAUCAUGUCUGUGGCUGCAGCUUUGUCUGCUUUUGGUUCAUUAAAUGGGACAUUCUUCAGCGGAGGUCGAAUUUGCUUUGUUGCUGCCAGAGAAGGACACAUGCCAGAUAUUCUGUCCAUGGCUCACGUCCACAGACUGACUCCUUCUCCAGCGCUGAUCUUCACCACUGUGAUCUCUCUGGUGGUGCUGAUCCCUGGAGACUUUCAGAGUAUUGUCAACUAUUUCAGUUUCACUGCCUGGUUUUUCUACGGCAUCACCCUGUCCGGACUGGUCUAUCUCAAAAUCAAGAAGCCAGAGCUUCCCAGACCUUACAGAGUUCCCAUUAUCCUCCCUUUACUGGUCAUCCUUGCAGCAAUAUUCCUUGUGCUGGCACCCAUCAUAGACAAUCCUCAGAUUGAAUAUCUCUACGUGGCUUUAUUUAUAUUCAGUGGAAUUAUAGUUUACGUACCGUUCAUCCACUACAAGCUCUGCCCAGGACUAUUGAACAAGCUAACAGUGUUCCUGCAGCUCUUUUUACAAGUCUCUCCAGCAGAGAAAAACCUGUGAUUUCCACAGAUCUGCCUCCUGAUGCAGGGAAUGAGAAUCUGCUAAAAAGCAAUCUCAUAGGUAUCGUCUUAUUUGUACAGUUGCACAAUUUUCUGUUUUUUUUUCUCUGAUUUUAAAAUCUGUAAUGAAUUUCAGUUUAUUAUAAUAGUUCUUGUUUUUUUUUUCUUGCCAAAGGUUCCAAAUGAAACAUAAAAAUGUAUUUUAUGACAAGAGAACUCCACGGCUGUACAAGAAGUUUCCAAUUUCAUAUUUUUUUCUUGAAAGAUUUGAAGAUGAAAUGCGUUUUGGGGCAAGUAAAAACAGGUAUCUCUUUACUUUGUGUCUGCUGUGCUCAUUAGCUGCAGCUUUAUUUGACUGAAGCAGCAAAAAAAGUGUCACACUGCAGCUUCUCCAGGUGAAAAAUACAAAAACUGCAGCAUCCUCUCUCAUUAAACAGUUAAUGCUAUAAAUGCAAUGUAGUUUUAAAGAGCUGUUUCAAUAAAAUAAUGCAUCAGCA